AGGAAAAUCGGCCAAUCAAGUGUCUAACAUAAAUGACGUCAUAUAACCGCACAGGUCAUGAUUGAUUGAGUCCUGUGCACAUACAUUAUACAACUAUGCAAGUUUGCCGGAUACAGCCUUUACAGAUAACGAUUGUGCACGUGUUUUAAUGAGUAUAACAUAACCUAUAUUUUAUGGCAUAACCUGUAUGUACGUUCCUACUUUAAGAUCAGUUCAAUUCAACUGGAUUCCGAUACCUUACGCCUAACGUUAAUAAUAACGAUAUUAUUAUGGCAAAAGUUUUGCGAAAGAGUGCUAAAACGAAAAAAAGCACGAGAGAGGAACUAGAUCUACUCGAUAAAUCGGAAUUAAUAGAUAGAAUAAUGCAAUUAGAAGCUUAUAACGAACAACUGAAAGCAUUGAUUGCAAAAAGUACGGGUACUAAAUUAGAAGUGAAAGGGAUGUCUGGAAAAGUACAAAAAUCGUUUGAUUUCUCUCGAUGUCAUAAAAGGCAUAUUCUUUUGAAGUUAUAUUAUCUCGGCUGGGAUUAUCAUGGUUUUACUGUACAGGAAGAAAGCAACGACACUAUUGAACAUCACUUAUUCGCAGCUCUUCUAAAAAGCUGUUGCAUAGAAUCUCGUGAAACCUCAAAUUACUCUCGAUGUGGACGAACUGAUAAAGGUGUCAGUUCGUUCUCUCAAGUGAUUUCAUUGGACAUACGUAGUAAGUUGGAGCCUGAGAAACAAAGUAACUUAUCUAAGGAGUUACCUUAUUGUAAAAUAUUGAAUAGAUUGCUGCCAGCUAAUAUAAGAUGUUUAGCAUGGUGUCCAGCACCAUUCGAUUUUUCCGCGAGAUUUGACUGCAAGUACAGAAAAUACAAGUAUUUCUUUCCAAGAGGUGAUUUGGACAUAGAUGCCAUGGACAAAGCAGUCAAAUAUGCUAUAGGGGAUUAUGAUUUUCGUAACAUUUGUAAGAUGGAUGUAGCAAAUGGUGUGACUAAUUUUAAGAGAACAGUAAUUGAUGCGAAGGUCUUCACAAGUAAUCAGUCAGUAGAAAGAUCCACAGGCUACGAAAUAUGCGAACUAGAAAUCACUGCUCAAGCCUUCCUCUGGCAUCAAAUUCGUUGUUUAAUGGGUAUUUUAUUACUGGUUGGACAAAGGAAAGAAGAGCCUGAAAUAAUUUCACAGCUUCUAGAUAUCGAAACCUGUCCACAAAAGCCUCAAUACAAUAAGGCUCAUGAAGUUCCAUUGAAUCUCUGGUUCUCUGAUUAUAAAGAUGUAAAAUGGUUCGUUGAUGAAAACGAGUUAAUAAACACUAUCAAGAUAUUACAGCAAGAUUGGGCUCUCAAUGCCAUCAAAUCUACAAUGAUCAAAAGCAUGUUAUCGGAAUUGGAAUGUAUGGUCAAUUGUAAAAGUACUGAUUUCCAAAACGAUUGCCUACUCCGCGGAGCACAAUCAAGAGUAUAUCAACCAUUGAUGAAGCGAGACAUGUGUAAAAGUUUGGAAAAUAAAAUCAAACAUUAUGAGAAGAAACGUAAAUUCGAGGUCGUGCAUUCCAAUGUUGUGUAAUGUAUGCAUACUACGCUAAUGCAGAGUUUGUAAUGUAUUAAACAUAUACUAACACGUUUAAAUACACACGUUUCUUACUGUAAGUAAAUAUUACA